CAAAAAAUACGUAUUCUCUCGGUAUGACUUGCUUGUCCACUUGCCCUUCUGGUUAUAAAUAUUUAAAUGCGACAUGUGUUCAAGGAUGUCCUCAUGACUUUCCAUUCUCUUACGAUUACACUGCAAAGGCAAAGUAUGGUUUGAAUAAUAUCUUUACAAGGAUCAAAAUAGAGCCAACAUGUACAAGAAGUUGUCCUGAUAACCUUUAUCAAGUGAACCAUACUUGCCAGCCAUUUUGUCCUGAUGGGCUUUACACUGUUGACAAAACAUGUGAGGCGGCUUGUCCAAAAUUGAAAGAGUUUAAACGUCACAGGAGUAUUUCAUUUGAGAAAUAUGACGUUGUAAGCGAUACUUGGAAUUAUUCUUGGAAAAGAGAAACUAAACAAGCAGAAAUUGUUGAAUGUGUGACUGCAUGCAGUCACAAUGAGUCGAUUUUUAACUCCACAUGCAUUGAAACAUGCCCAAUAUAUACAAUGUCCGUAAAUAAAUCAUGUCUUUCAGAAUGCCCAGAAUACUUCCUAUUUAUCAUUCAGCGUACAAAAGGCGUGAAAUGUUCAGCUUCUCAAAAGUGUGAAGGUGUGUAUCGAUACUCGGAGUGCCUACGUGAAUGUCCACCAGGUUCUUAUCAAUUUAACUCCACAUGUGUAGAUGCUUGUCCAGAUUCUACAUUUACAGUUGGCAAUUCGUGUGCGGCUAGUUGUCCUGAAUAUCAACGAUUUCUUCUCAAAAGUGAAAGAACAGUUACUCAGUGGAGACAAGGAUGGGACAAAAAAUGGUCAAAAAUAAGCCGAAGAUUAAAUGCAGGUUAUUUGUGUUUAGAAUUUUGUCCGUCUGAUAAAAAGGUCCAUAAUUUGACUUGUAUGGACCAUUGUCCGAAGAAGUCAUUUGUGAAUGGUAAUGAAUGCGUAUAUGAGUGUCCACCAGAAAGUCCUUUGGAAUACACAGAUAAUGAAACAUGGGCAUGUAUUCGUUCUUGUGAUGAUGAGUAUAAAACUUUCUAUUAUAAUGGAUCGUGUCAUUAUUCGUGCACAGCUCCUCUCAUUGAAUAUGAUGGUUUUUGUCUUGAGAAAUGUCCACCUGGAUUUUUAUGGUUUAAUGAGUGCACCAGGAGAAUUGAUGUUGUAAUCAUAUCUGCACUCAUUCUUGGAAUCAGCAUCAUCAUACUGGCUUUUGGGAGAAAUGUUGUUAAAGAAUAUGGUAUUGUUCUAUGCGAGAGUAUGAGUUAUUAUCUAACGUGUAAAACCAAAGAUAAGUACACAAUAAAGGACCGUUAUGGUAAAAGUAGAAAUGACUGUCAAAUGCCGGAAACAAUUGAGAUACAGAGAUGUGAUGGUAUUGAAAUGGACCAAAUAACAAACUCGAACUCAAACCUUAUUGACUUUGAACAGCCGUUACAUGAAGAAACAAAUGUUUAGUGAGAUUCAAUGAACUGAAUUGAUUAAUCUUUUAUCGGUUAUGAGCACCAAGUAUUCGACGAAACAGUUUCCUUAGAAAGGGUACACAUAGUUUCCAUUAGAGACUUAAAGUGAAGUAAGGAACAAUGAAUUCAAACGUCAUCGCUCUUAAACUUACUCAUGUUUAAGUUCAUGUUGUACGAUAGUGUCAUUUUACAGUUUGAGAAGAUAAAUGUGAAAGAAAACGGUAUAAGAGUAUGAUAUAUGUAACACUGAUUUAAAUUAUGUUAUAUAAGUGUUGUAAAUGCAUUGUUCAAGCUCUGUGGUAGGAAAUCACAUAUCUACCGAUGUUGAUGAGAUACUUGUUGUUGAAUAUUCAAUAUUUCGUAACAACCGACAUACAAUGAUAAUACUGGCCUAAUAUAAAGAAAAAUGUUUGCAAACAAAUUUGCAUCCGAUUUAUAAAAAAAUGUAAAUGCAGCAAUACGUAUACUAAUUAAAUAUAUUAAAUUAAGAGCACCUUUUUAUACAAAUAUAUAUUAAGUUAAAUUAUUGUUAUUCGGUUGUCAAAAUUUAGACAUAUCACAUCUUCAUUUUCAUACACAAGUCUCGUUUUAUUUUCAAAUGAAUUUGCAUUUAAAUGCUUUGCAAUUAAUAUGAAAGAAAGUUUGGCUGUGGGCAAAGAGGUUAGACAACAGUUCAAUUUUGAUAUUUCAUAUAUUUCAUACUCUGUGUGAUGCAUUGUUUUUGUUUGAUAGAAAAAAAAACAACAACACAUAUCUCAACCAUGAAUUUGCCCGAUACCCUUCCGUUCAUUGCUGAUUCCAAAUAAUCAUAUCAUGGACAUAAAGUGAACUGACAGUGUCUCUAAUGUAAGGGAGGUAAUAAAAAGGAAAUUAUUUUAUUAACAUAGCAUUUUGAUUUUUUUGCCUUGUGUAAAGUUAUCUGAAGAUUUAUCUCUAACCAUUUACAAAUAAUGUAUUGAAAGGCAAAUUAGCCUUAACCUAUAAUUAAGUAACUCUUCGUAGUCAUUGUGUUACAAGAGCUUAGAUUUUUGAAAGUCGCAAUAUCGAUCUUUAAAAUUGUAACAUAAAUCAAUCGUGAAUUUUAGGUUAUCAUUUUUCCUACCCCGAAAAUUUCUUCGCAGCUUAAGGAUAAUGAAUAUAAAACAUAUUUGAGGAAUAGGUUUUUUUCUCUUCUCUCUCAGACAUAUAUUUUAAUGAAAAUACAAAGGAAUUAAAAUUAUAACAGCAACGUUUAUAACAUAUUUGUAUAUAAAAAUAUAUAUUACAUGUACAUGUAUUUUUAAAAUAUCACAUUAUUUCAUACAUGUAUAUGUAAAUACAUGUAAGUAUGUAACGAUUAAGUUAGACCAACAAUUGUUCUGUUCUGGCUUGUUUUCAUUUAAAGAUUAUAUUUAUUCAUUAUACAAAUUUAUAUUCUGGCCGACUUUGCGGUGCUCCUGUUUUUAAUUUCUGAUACAAAUAUGGUAUUGUUUUUUAGAAGAACAUAUACAUAUAUUCAUAUGACUUGAUUAUACAUGCAUAAGAUUUAAUAUCAUAAUCGAGCGAAGUAUACAGAAAUGUUAAAUUAAAAUUCUUAAAAUAUGUAAUAACACAUCUAUCUAUAUCGAUAGGUUGAUAAACUUAUUAUAUGAUUUAGAUACUCGCAUGUUGAUGAUAUUUUAAGGUCUUACGAGGCCGGUAACAGUCCAUGUCAGAUUUGACAUGUUUGAUCAACCUCAGUAAAAAUAAAAUUGUAAAUAAUCAGCUAUUAAUCUUUGUCAUGCAUUAUAAAACCUCAAUAAAAAUUUCAAAACUCACAACUUCAUGAUUGUACAAUAUCUAUUAGUUUCAAUACCACUAACAAAUAUCGCAUUUGUGGACGUCAUAUCACGAAGGUUUAGAA